AUGAAGGCCUCACCCUUACUCAUAUCUUGGCACAAUGACAAUUUACCAAUAUACUCGGUACACUUUGAGCCCCAUGGAAAAGGUCGACUUGCAACGGCUGGCGGAGACAACAAUGUCAGGCUGUGGAAAGUGGAAAAGGAUGGAGAGGAGAGGAAUGUCACAUAUCUUACUACGCUCAUAAAACACACCCAAGCGGUCAAUGUCGUCCGCUUUGCUCCACGUGGAGAAAUGCUUGCAAGUGCUGGGGAUGAUGGAAACACUCUACUCUGGGUACCAUCAGAGACCCACUCUCACACCCCUGCUUUUGGCGAAGACGCCCUCGAAGACAAGGAGACUUGGCGGAUCAAACACAUGUGUCGUUCUUCUGGCUCGGAGAUAUACGACUUGGCUUGGUCACCUGAUGGAAUUUUCUUCAUCACUGGUAGCAUGGACAAUAUUGCACGCAUAUACAAUGCUCAGUCUGGACAAAUGGUACGGCAGAUUGCAGAGCAUAAUCAUUACGUGCAAGGAGUGGCUUGGGAUCCACUUAAUGAAUAUGUCGCGACGCAGUCUUCCGAUAGAUCGUGUCAUAUCUACAAGCUAAAGACAAAGGACGGCCAAUUCACACUCAACCAGUACAACAGAGUCACGAAAAUGGAUCUGCCUGGCAGGAGAAUAUCCUCAAGCAGCCCAGCGCCGCCAGAAUCAGCCAUGCGUGGCCACUUAGUGGGUGACGCUUCCUCGUUGGCCCCAGGAUCACCUCAACCAUCAAUGCCGGGGACUCCAACAUCCCUUGCAUUGCCGAUGAACCCACCGGUAUUAUCCCACAGUCGUCGCUCCUCUUUUGGAUCGUCGCCCUCCAUACGGCGAUCAGCCUCUCCAGCGCCAUCCAUGCCUCUGCCUGCCGUACUGCCAAUGGAGAAGUCCCCGAAUCCCUACUUAAUGGGCAGUAUGGGAGUCAAGAACGCAGCCAUAUACGGGAACGAGACUUGCACCUCCUUCUUCCGAAGAUUGACAUUCGCCCCAGAUGGAAGCUUGCUUUUCACACCAGCUGGCCAGUAUAAGACCCCUCACCCAGCGGAUGGAGCCAAGAAUGCCGAUGAUGUGAUCAAUACAGUCUACAUCUACACUCGAGCAGGUCUCAAUAGGCCACCCAUAGCGCAUCUCCCGGGGCACAAGAAGGCAUCCAUAGCAGUCCAAUGUUCUCCUGUCUUCUAUACCCUUCGCUCCUCAACAAGGACUACUGCCAAUAUAACUAUCGAUACCUCAUCUGCAGAAGAAGCUAUAGCACCUUUGCCUGACUCUGUGCUCUCGUCGAAGCCUUCAACGCAUUCAGCAAUGGAUCCACCGCCAUCUACCGCGCCCUCUCCUAUGGAAUCCUCGCGGCCUACAUCCUCACCAAGGCCGACAGAAACCGACCCUGCUUCGAUGCAGGGGCCCACCCCAGCGUUUGCUAUGCCGUACCGUGUCGUGUACGCUGUCGCUACACAAGAUGCCGUGCUUGUGUAUGACACUCAACAGAUGACACCACUGAUAAUGAUCAGUAAUUUACAUUUUGCCACUUUUACAGACCUGACUUGGUCUAAUGACGGGCUGACGCUGCUUAUGAGCUCAUCAGACGGCUUCUGCUCCAACCUGACAUUCAAUCCUGGCGAGCUGGGACAGAUCUAUAGCGGGCACGUGCCCACUGCUCACCACCCGUCUCCGGCUAUCUCGACCAUGUCUACAGCACAGCCAAGUCCCACCACUGCGUCUGCUCCUCCUUUUGAUAAACAAAGCACACCUGUGUUAGCACCUUCGGCCUCGCCCGCUCCUCUUCCACCGCCAAGUCCGACACGGUCUAAUUCAACGUCUUCAAUCGCUACGCAGUCUUCCCAAAUGGUGAACAAUCCUACUCCAACCCUAGGCAGUGUUCCGAGUGUCGCGGCUACGAAUCCGUCAUUCAAUGGCCUUCCAUGGACGACUCCGCCGCAGACGCCAAUGUCAGGGGUAACAAGCCGUCCAAGUUCAGUGAGUGGCAGUGUACUCGGGAAAAGAGACACGAGUGAGUCGGAAAAGGAGGAGGCGGCAAUUCCGAAGAAGAGGAGGAUCGCUCCUACUUUGGUCCGAGAUGAGGAUCCUUCCAUAGGAUCUUGA